AUGGUGGAGUGUCCGGAAUUAGUGAGGUUAUGCAGUUNAAAUUGCGAUCACAGACAAAUGGCAGACAGCAAUUGCAUUUAUGUGAACAAAAUUAUGCACGAAAUCAAUGAACUUACUCAUAUUGUUUCUGAUGUAACAUCGGAUCCAACUUUACCCAGGUCUGAAGAUCAUCCCUGUCCAAAAUGUAAACACCGUGAAUCAGUAUUUUUCCAAGCUCAAACCAGACGCGCAGAGGAGGAAAUGAGAUUGUAUUAUGUAUGUACUAAUCCUCAUUGCAUACAUCGUUGGACUGAGUCGUCUAUUUAAUUUUUAUACUAUGUAAUGAUUUUAUUUAUACAUUUAAAGACAAUAUUUAUAAUUGAAAUGAUUAAAA